AUGUCUCAACCAUUGACGAGUAUGUUGGUGGAGAGUCAAGCGUUGUACCUAGAUCCAGCAAUUCGAGAUUGGGUAUUAAUACCAAUUAUGGUAGUUAUGGUAUUAGUGGGGAUCUUUAGAGAUCAAGUAACGUUAUUAAUAGGAAGUACAAGUGGUAAAAAGGCUGGAAUUAAAGCUAUAAGAGAAACAAAGGCGUUAACCCGAGGAGUCACGUUAAGGAAUUAUGGAAACAAUAUACCAAGUUCAUCAUUUCUCAUAAGAAAGAAUUAUCUUUGUUCAUCAUAUAAAAAGGGUGAUUUCUUAAAAAAUCCCGCAUCGGCUAAUCAAGUAGUUAAUCCAAUGACGGAUCCCGCUGGUAUGGAAAUGAUGAUGGAAGGAAUGAAAAAAAAUUUCGCCAUGAUUAUACCUCAAACCGUUAUUAUGGGAUGGAUUAAUUUCUUUUUUUCUGGUUUUGUUUUAAUCAAAUUACCUUUUCCACUUACACUUCGAUUUAAAACAAUGUUGCAACGAGGUGUCGAAACUCCCGAUAUGGAUGUAACUUGGGUAUCAUCAUUAUCAUGGUAUUUCUUAAAUUUAUUUGGGUUGAGAAGCAUUUUCACUUUACUAUUAGGCGAAGAUAAUGCUGCUGAUGGUAUGCGUGAUAUGGCUGCCAUGUCUCAAAUGGGCGCGGCUUCUCCUGGUCAACCACAAGAUUUUAAUAAGCUCUUUUUGGCUGAAAGUGAAAAUCUUGAAUUAACACCCCAUAAUUGGGAAUUAGAUGAUAUUGAAGUGAGGUUAUUAGUUAAAUAUGGUAAAAGAGAAUUAGUUGAUAAUAAGGAUAUUAUUGAAAUGGAAGAUAUUUCUCCUAUUUCUUCUAAUGAUUUAUCAGAUGUUAAAGGAAAAAGUAAAAAGAAAAGGACGUGA